AUGACGCCAAAGAGGAGCGCUGCUUUGUUGUCGAACUCGGUGCUGUUCCUGAAUGAUACUGUAUUGAUCAAAAUCUUGAUCAUCAAACGGCGGAUGGUGACAAGGCAGCCUAGGAUGAAGCGGGAAAGCAAUGUCUCAAUGACGGACCGGUCGGAGGCGAGAAGCGAAUGGAGAGGAAAAAUAAUUAAAAUAAAAAAAAUAAAAAAUAAAGAAAGGGCACUGGAAAGAGUGAAAAUGGAGAUCUCCGGAAGGGAAGCAAAAACGAGCGAGAAUCCCAGACGCCGGGGUCUCUCAAGUGCGAUUCUUUACAAGUCACGGUAUGGGGGCUGUACAUACCAGCAAUCCAUCCAUGCUCGUACAGAACACGGAGUUCGGAGGAGAGUCUGA